AUGUCGCUGAAGCAGAGGGUCGAUAAUCUCCUCGCCGUGGGAGGCGAUGUUGCUAUUCCAGUCCUCACCGCCGUCAAUACCGCAUCCGGCGUGUUCCCUCCCCUACAGGCUGCCACCAAUGCCGCACUGCUCAUCCUCACUGAAAUCAAAAAAUUCAAGGGAAAUAAGGGAGAAUUGGAGCGUUUUGGAAAAUAUAUCGGGGACGCCAUGGUCAAUGUGGUUACAGCCAUUGGUUCGUAUGGUGAAUCUAAUGAAAAACCCAAGUCGUGGGUUGAAAGCGUCAAGAAGCUGGGCGAGGCGCUGGAGCGCAUUCAAAUUGAAAUCUGUCGAUUGAGUGGGAAGAUGGAAAGACAGUCUGGUAUCCGCAACUUCUUCUCCCAUAUGAAGAACCCCAGUAGGCUCGAUGAUUUAAAGAAAGAUUUUAGCGAAGCCUCGGCAAUGUUCCAGCUGGAGACAGACUUGAUGGUUGGUGCGAUAGCAAACAAUCAAGUUCUGAAUGAACUUAAAUAUCCUAUUGUCCCCCAUCACGAUUCCACACAGCCCAAGAAUCGUGUAUUACUGCUUACUGCCGUGGCCGGUGCGGGCAAGACAUCUGUUGCGCUCUCAAUCGCAGAGGAGUGUAAAAGAGAAAAGAUAUCGUCGUCAAGCUUCUUUUUCAAAGCAGGGGAGCAGUCGCAGCCGGACCAUCUGUUCAGCGGCAUGGCUCGAUCUCUGGCAACCAAUGACCCCGCAUACCGUGCCUCCCUCAUAUCGGCUCUUCAGGAGGACCCAGCUCUUUCGACUGCCCCAUUCGCGACGCAAUUCGAGAAACUAGUGGCUGAACCUCUCCAUCUCAAGACAUCCUUGUCUGACCGUCCUAUGGUGAUUAUCAUUGAUGCGUUGGAUGAGUGCGACACAAAGUCAUUCCCACGUCUUGCCGAUAUACUUCGGAAAGCAGUCCCAAAACUACCACCUAACAUCAAAUUCUUUCUCACUUCGAGACAAUUUGACCUCGUUGAUCGUUUCCUAUCGCCGAAUUACCCUAUUGAUCGCCUCACCAUCGAUCUGUCGGACGAUGCUAACAUGCAUGACUGUGCUAUCUACAUCCGAUCACAACUACACGAACUGAAGGACGUGCAUCCUGGUUUGGAAGAUGGAAUCGGGGAAGAAGAUACAUUAGUCAGCGGUAGCGAUGCUAUGAAGAUGCUGAAGAAACUGCUGGAUGAAGAUCUCAACCGACCAAAGGCGUCCGCUGAGGAAGUGAUGGAUAGGCUGUAUGCGAGUAUUUUAGAGAAGUGUAACUGGAAGGAUGACGAUUUCGUGCAUGACUACCCGAUCGUGAUGGGAGCAAUUCUAAUUGCACAAAAGCCGCUAUCUGUUACGGCCUGGGAUGCCAUUCUCUCACCACUGUUGGAGUCGGGCAUCCGAUAUACAUUAGCUCAACUUGCACCCCUCGUCUCAGGAGUUGGGGAUGCUAAAAGGCCAAUUCGUAUUCUGCACCAAUCUUUUCGCGACUUUAUCACGGACCGAGUCAAUCCACAAUCACCCAUACUUGGUCGGUUUGGAGUGGAUGCGAGGAGGGAGAACGACAGAGUGGCCCUGCGCUGCAUCGAAAUCUUGAAUACAGAACUUCCGAGUAUGAAGGAUUUAGGGCUGAUUGAGGACUUAUCCGAAAAAGCCAAGCUGCCACCCAUUCCUCAAGAGGUGCCGUCUGAACAUGUCCAUUAUGCAUGUCGGCAUUUCGUGCAUCAUCUUAGCCAAUUGCAGGAGCCGCUGGAGGCGGCCAAAGAUCCUAUUCACGCAUUUCUCAACGAGCAAAUAUUGCGCUGGGUGGAAGUCUGUGUGAGGACGGAAGGGUACAUUAGUAUAUCAUUGUUCCCUGAAUGGGCCAAGUUGAACGUUGAUCGGGCCUCCAAAGAAGUCAUUCACAAGUUGGUCAAAGUGUUUCUCGAUAUGGCGAGAAAUCUUGCGUUCUUUUUAAGAUUUCAGGAGGCAUAUGAGUUGGCAAGUGAUUCAGUUGCGCUGUGCCAUUGCCUUGUGUCUACGGACUCAGAGUCCUACACCCCAGAUCUGGCUCGAGCACUCGGGAAUCUUUUUGUAUCACUCAACAAAGUUGGACGCCAUUCCGAGGCGCUCACUGUGAUCGAAGAAAGUGUGCAGCUCUGGCGUGAGCUGGUUACUGCCCACCCAACAUCAUACACCCCGGAUUUAGCUCGAGCACUUGGGAGCCUAGAUGCAUCACUCACCAACCUUGGACAACAUUCUGAAGCACUCCUUGUGAACGAAGAAAGUGUGAAACUCUGGCGCGAUCUCGUUUCCACCCAUCCAGCAUCAUACACCCCAGAUUUGGCUGGAGCGCUCCGGAAUCUUAAAGUAUCACUCGACAAAGUUGGACGCCAUUCCGAGGCACUCACGGUAAUCGAAGAAAGUGUGAAACUCUGGCGCGAGCUCGUUGCCACCCAUCCAGCAUCAUACACCCCAGAUUUGGCUGAAGCGCUCCAGAAUCUUAAAGUAUCACUCGACAAAGUUGGACGCCAUUCCGAGGCACUCACGGUAAUCGAAGAAAGUGUGAAACUCUGGCGCGAGCUCGUUGCCACCCAUCCAGCAUCAUACACCCCAGAUUUGGCUGGAGCGCUCCGGAAUCUUAAAGUAUCACUCGACAAAGUUGGACGCCAUUCCGAGGCACUCAUGGUAAUCAAAGAAAGUGUGAAACUCUGGCGCGAGCUCGUUGCCACCCAUCCAGCAUCAUACACCCCAAAUUUGGCUGGAGCGCUCCUGAAUCUUAAAGUAUCACUCGACAAAGUUGGACGCCAUUCCGAGGCACUCACGGUAAUCGAAGAAAGUGUGAAACUCUGGCGCGAGCUCAUUGCCACCCAUCCAGCAUCAUACACCCCAGAUUUGGCUCGAGCACUCCAGAAUCUUAAAGUAUCACUCGACAACGUUGGACGCCAUUCCGAGGCACUCACGGUAAUCGAAGAAAGUGUGAAACUCUGGCGCGAGCUCGUUGCCACCCAUCCAGCAUCAUACACCCCGGAUUUGGCUGGAGCGCUCCGGAAUCUUUUUGUAUCACUCGACAAAGUUGGACGCCAUUCCGAGGCACUCACGGUAAUCGAAGAAAGUGUGAAACUCUGGCGCGAGCUGGUUGCCGCCCAUCCAACAUCAUACACCCCGGAUUUAGCUCGAGCGCUUGGGAGUCUAGAUGUAUCACUCACCAACAUUGGACGACAUUCUGACGCACUUCUUGCGAAUGAAGAAAGUGUGAAGCACUGGCGCGAGCUAGUUUCCAUCGAACCGAUAUCGUACUCCCCGGAUUUGGCUCAAGCACUCGAGAAUCUUGUAAUAUCUCUUGACAAUCUCGGACGCCAUUCUGAGGCACUCCUCGUAAAUGAGGAAAGGCUCAGGCUCCUGCUCCAGUAG